GCCGCGACACUUGUUGCACUGCCUUCCAGGUGACCACUGAGACGAUUCUGUCCUUGACAACCACGCGCCAUCUGUCGUGAGAACCCACCAGAUGACCAGAGGCUGUUGGAGAGAACUUUACCAAGCGAGUUGCCUAGCAACCACACGAGGCUGUGUAAAUGCGCAGUUGAGCUGCGCAGUAAACGCCACUUUAGCUUUUUACAUGUUUUGCACAUCAACAAACAGACAGCAAAGAUUACUUGGCACAACUCGCAGGUUUCCGAGACAGUGAGAGGACAUACACAACAAUAUCAAACAGAGUACAUCCAGGUGUGAGGCAUGGAGAAGCAGAUCCCAGGUGAGCCCCUCCCCUCCAGGGAGCCUACCAUCAGGAGCAGCUUUGGAGGGGAGCAGUCCGCUGAUGGGAAGAACUUGGUGGAACAGGUUGAGGCCAUCUUACAAGAAAGGAUCCGAAACGGAGACCAACAUGCCAGGUUCACACUGGGGCAGUUCUACUUUGAAGAGGGCUUGUACAAGGAAGCUAUUGUGCAGUUUGAAAGGCUGAAAGAUAAAGAUUGGCAGGCCAUGUAUCAGCUGGGAGUCAUGUACUAUGAUGGGCUGGGCACAAAGGAGAACCAUAAACUUGCCUGUGAGUACAUGAGAAAAGUUGCUACAUCUGACAGUCAGCGUGCUAAACACCUUAUCAGAGCAGCCCAGUACAAUUUGGGGAGGGCAUAUUUUCAGGGUUAUGGUGUGGCCCAGUCGGACGCAGAGGCAGAGAAGUUUUGGAUCCUGUCGGCUGAUGACGGGAAUCCUGAGGGCAGUGUGCGGGCCAUGACCAUGCUGGGCAUGUUCUACUCCAGAGAGGACACCAAAGAUCUGAAGAAGGCCUUCUUCUGGCAUUCAGAAGCCUGUGGAGCUGGCAGUUUGGAAUCACAGGGUGCCUUGGGUGUCAUGUAUGAACAUGGCCAGGGGAAAAGAAGGGACCCUACCUCAGCCUUUGAGUGUCUGAAGGAGGCAUCAGAGAGGGGCAGUGUAUAUGCCAUGGGGAACCUGGUGGCACACUACUACAACAGGAAACUCUACACCAAGGCUGCAGACCUGGCAGCAAAGGUAUCUCAGUACCAACCAGAAGAUGUGCAGACAAUAGCAGCCCACACUGACUGUAUCUCAGGAUUCAUUGCAAAGGGCAUUGCCAUGGCAUGCUUCUUCUACGCACGCUGUCUGCACAUGGGUCACGGGGUCCGACAAAAUAAGGAGGAAGCCAAGACAUACUACUCAAAGGCCUUCACCUUUGACCCUGACAUGACAGCCAUGCUUCAGAACCAGAUGACUCAUGGCAGGAUCUGAUGCAUUGUGGGAUACAGCCUUAAGAGGGGACUUUGUAAAAUAUAUGCUUGUAAAAGAUGAUUCUUAAUGGUUACAUUACAAGGAAAUAAAGACAGGCAAUAGAAAAUGGUAAGUUGUUGGAAAAGGUAAUCAUUGUUGUGGAAUUUGGAGACAUAAUGCCACAAAUGGUAUUUUACACCAAUUAUGUAUUUUAAUACAUGUUUGUAGCAUUGAUAAGUUCAGCUGAAUAUUGGCAUGAUAUCAAAGGUUUGGUUGCUAAUAUGUUGUAAAAGAUAAAAUCUGUCUGAAUACAGAAUUUUUGUAAUGUUUAGUCAUGGUGUCACUAGAAGGUGAUCUUCAGCUAUCUUAUGUUCUUUUGGAAAAAGAAUCAUUAAAUGUACUUCUCAAUGGUAGAGCAGCCUUUCUUACAACUCUUGGUGUGUUUUAAUGCCUGUAAAUAUGAUGUACUUUCUUGAAUAGUGCUGGAUACAGCAUUUGGAAGAUAUAGUUAUUAUUUACAUUUUGUUACCACCCAAGGCAAACCUUGAUACAUCUCAAAAUGUCAUUUCCACAUAUUUUGUAAAACUUGUUUGUGAUAUAACUUUGUAUUUGUAAUGUA